AUGUCAGCAGUACAGAUAGAGCCCUCUGAGUCCCAUCUUGAAAGAGCAGUAAGGGAGCCCGCUCCAGGACUGCCAGAAACGUCUGUGGAGAAAGCGAACGCUGGAGUCGAAGCUCCUGUGACAUCUGUCAAAUCUGCUGAUACCGAAUCAUCUGAAGCAAAGUCAGAAGAGAUGCUGCUGCCUCCUUCCAGUCUGGAGAAGGACAAGGUGGUUAAAGAUAAUACUGAACCGGAAUUGUUUGAACCUGCUGUUGUACCUGCAUCGGAGAAGGAAAUUAAAGAGAAAGAUGAAGAGUUGUCUGCUCGUGCCAUUGAACCACCAGAAGAAUCAUCCGAGGUGGGCAAGGCUGAAGAUGUGCCAUCGCAUGGUGCUGUGAAGCCGGCAGCGCAGGAUGCUACAGGGACCGUCCCUGAAGCGGUGCCCCCUGACUCUGAUGCAGCUUCAGUGGAGAUGGUGUCAUCUGUUGUCACACAACCAACCAACAAGUUGGAUGCUCCUGACAAAAAUACUGUUUCUGAUGCUGUAAAAACUGAACAUGAAAUGCCCGUAACUCGGACAACAGAGAAGAAACCUGCACUUAAAACUGAAGUGACCCUGGAGAAGAAACUGAAUCUAGCUGGAGCAGAUACAGAGCUGAAACCAGAAGAGUCUGUGCUCAAAGCUGGAAGAGCUGCGGAGAAGAGCCCUGAAAAGCUUUUGGUCAAGACUGGGGCAGAGACAGAGAAGAAACUUGAAAAAUGUGUGGCCAAGGUUGGGGCUGCUGUGGAAAAUGCUGCAAAUGCUGUCGAUGAGAGCAAUGAGGGAAGUUUAAUCAAAGCACAUCAAAAUAAAGGAAUAGGACCAGCAAAAACUGAUGAAACUCGCAAAGCAAUUACAUUAAACUCCUCUUUAUCCAUCAAGGAAUCUUCCUCUGUCGGUAAAACUAUUUUAAAGGCGGUGGUGUCUCUUGCGGAUAUAUCAAAGUCAAGGGUUCCAGUAUGGAGAAAUGAGCCUUCCCUGUGUAAAGGAGGGGAGCAGAAAGCUCCUUCGAAACCCGAGACCCCAGGCCAAGCUGCGGUGGAGAACAAAAUCGCAUCGAAAGAAGAGGGUCAGCCGCAACUUGGUAGCAGCCAAUCGAGCCCGGGAGACGGCAGUGGCAAAUGUAAAGUGAGCAGAAGUUCUGUUGUUGAUGGAAAGGGAGACAAUGGGAGGAAUUCAUCUCAGCAAGAGAAGGACUCACGAGUGGAAUCUAGGGCUAGUUCAAAACAGUCUCAAGAGGGAGAGAGUAGAUCAUCCAGCGUGAAGAAAGACAACAGCAGCAAUAAGGCUGCUGUUGGCGGCAAUACUAAAACUUCAAAAAAUGACACUAGCAACAGUGCAAAACAAAAGGAGGAAGAAGAGCUGUUUCCAUUUAACCUGGAUGAAUUUGUUACUGUGGAUGAAGUCGUAGAGGAAGUCGAGUCUCCCAUUAAAACGCGGCGAAAUCCACCGAGGGGAAAGAGAAAAGAUGGUGCUAAAACCAACUUGUCUUCUGAGCCUAGUUCCAAGAGGCGGAAAGGGAAGAGCUGCAUAGCACGCACUGCUGAAAGCGAACUCUCUUUUGUCACUUUGGAUGAGAUUGGUGAGGAGGAGGAUGUGACUGCACAUGACCCCCAGGGCCUGGUUGUAGUGGAUGAAGUGAUGGAAGAGGAAGAACUUGUAUCAGAAGCGGUAAAGAAUCCACAGUCGCUGGUAACUUUGGAUGAGAUACCUGAACAGGAGGACCUUAGUUCUCAGAAAGAUGUCCCUAGGUCAGUUUUUGAGGAGCAGGAUUUGAAAGCCGAACCCUUGGUAACUGUAGAUGAAAUCGGUGAAGUAGAAGAACUGCCUCUGAACGAGCCUACAGACCUGAAUAUUGAGGAUGUGCUGAAACAGAAGGAGGAUGAUAAAGUGACUGCUGAGGACACUGGAGACUGUGUUUCCUCCCAGGUGCCUGAUGAUCCCAGUGCUUUAGUGACAGUAGAUGAAAUACAAGAGGACAAUGAAGAUAACCCUCUAGUGACUUUGGAUGAAGCUGAUGAAGAUGAUUUUCUGGCCGACUUCAAUUGUCUAAAAGAGGAACUAAACUUCGUUACAGUAGAUGAAGUUGGAGAGGAGGAUGAGGAAGAAGAAAAUACUUUCCCAGGGAAAAAUCUGAACGAGGAUGAAGAUGAAGAUAUUGUUGCUAUUGCAGGACCAGAAGAAGAAGAAGAAAUUACUGCCAUUGCAGGACCAGAAGAAGAGGAUAUUGUUGCUGUUGCAGGACCAGAAGAAAUGGAAAUUCUAGGCAAUAUGAGUCCAGAAGAAGAAAUUAUUGCAAUGUCGAAGGCAAAAGCAGAUCAGCUGGGGUCAGGAGAUGCAGAACUAGAGCCCAAGCGGAAGAAAACAGUUUCUUCAGAGGCACCAAAGACGCAGAGUACUCCAAAAGAUUUGGAUUACCUGGUUCCCAAGGCUGGCUUUUUCUGUCAGAUCUGCUCGCUGUUCUAUGUGGAUGAAACGUCUGUGAAAAAUCACUGCAAGACGCUGCUUCAUCAGCAGAACAUGGAGAAGUUCAUGGCCAAGCAGAAGAAUGAGGAUAACGACGGGGAAGAACGGAGUUCAAGGUGA